AUGGAGGUGUCAGUAAAUCCUGUGCCUGAUGAAAGCAGUCUUCAUGGAUUGCAGAAGGCUGUGUUCUUACUCUGGCGUAAAGUCAUAACCGACUUCCAAUCAUGCAUUGGCGCGCAACUGACGCCCAUCUUGUUUUCACAGAACAGGAUCGCUUUCAUGUCCUGCACUAUGGAGGCAGCCUGGAAUAAAAGCAUUCCCAGCUUUCUUUCCAAACUGUGGUCUUUAGUGGAGGACCCGGCCUUGGAUGAACUGGUCUGCUGGAGCCAGAGUGGUCAGAGCUUCUACAUUAGGAAUGAACAAAUAUUUUCCAAGGAAGUACUUCCAAAAUACUUCAAACAUAACAAUAUGUCCAGCUUCGUACGACAGCUCAACCUGUAUGGUUUCCGAAAGGUGAUUUCGUUUGACAGUGUAUUUCAUGUCAAGGAAAAGAAAAAUAUGCAGGAAUUUCAACAUCCAUUCUUCCAAAAAGGGAAAACCAACCUUGUGGGUAGUAUCAAGCGCAAGGUUCCAGGAAUGAGAAAUGCAGAUGUCAGAAACUCCCCUGAUGAGUUCCAGGGAAUAAUGACUGAAAUGCAGGAGAUUAAUGAGAAGCAAAACAAUAUGGAGGCCAAAUUAGCAGAACUGGAAAAGAAAUAUGCUACACUUUUUCUUGAUAUGACAAAACUAACGCAGAAGUUCCAUGAGCAACAGCAGCUAACAGCACAGAUGGAGAUAUUUAAAAAUGGUUAUGAUUUUUUGGAAGACAACAAUAAAAUUCUCAUUGACAAUGGCUUACCUAUUUUGAAAGAUGAAUCAAAAAAUUCACUUUUAAAUGUGAAUCAAGCAAGUGGAAAUGACGGAAAAAACUUUGAAGUGUCAAUUCAAAAUAUACCUAUGCGUGAAAAUUUGCUGACCAUUGAUUGGGGUGCUGUGAAGAAAGAUUGCAAAGAAACAGUGACCAAAGAAUCCUUUGGACAGGAAACUAAAGAUGCUUCUUUGGAAUUAGUAUCUUCCUCUUGGGACAAUAAUCUGAUCUUGACUAAAAUCAAAUCAGACACUUCAUAUAAAACUAUAAUGAAGAGGAAUGAAACACGCAUGCAGAGUAUUGAAGCCAAUGUGAUAAAGCUGAAGUCAUUGCUAUCUAGGAAAAAAAUGAAUGACAAUUCUGAGCAUGCCAAUAAGGGAGUAAAUGUAAUGAACAUUGAAGAAAAAGAGAAAAGUCUGCUUGAAGCCAAUGGAAAUAAAGACAAGCAGGGAGUACAAAAUGGAAACAACCCACUGCAUUCCCUGAUAGAGAAAGUGCCGAUAAGUAACUUGGGAGAAAAACUUCAAUAUUCUAAUGACCAUCUCUUGGAUAAUCCGAAGAACCCAACGGAUGUAUCACCAAAUUUAGGUAAUCCACAAGAAGACUUUUCAAAUCAUAUUGAAAUCUUUGAGACCCAGUUAUUGGUGGAAAUCAGUGUAGAAUACGAGCUAUUACCUAUUCUGUGUCUCAGCAUUGUUCCCAAUUUACAGAAAAGUCUCAUAUCAAUGAGCCUUCUACCUGAAUUUACUUUGGAAUCUUCUCAGUCCAGCUUUCUGAUGGAAAAUAAACAGGGACCACAGGAUCACACUAUCUUUGACUGA